AUGAAGCUGGAGGUCGGGCUCAACGAGUGCUUGCGGAGGAUUAGGACAAGCGGUCGUGGCCUUCAACUGGUGAUUGUCGUGCUGUCAAUAUUCUCCCUACUCUGCCUGCUCCGUCUCCAGGUCAUCCAGAAUUACUACUUACGCACCGAUUUCGCGAACUUACGACUAUACAGGGGACGCUCCUCCAUUAGAGGCGAUUCCGGUUUUAAAGGCAGGCCGUGUAUCACGCCAGAUACUAUCAAGGAUGACCCGAGCAAGGAUUUUUACGAAUUUAGCUUUGAAGGAUCGAAAAGGAUAUUGCCAAAAUUCAUAUCGUUCACUGUCUCCCCCACCUCACCCUGCCUAAUCCCCGAGGACAACGCCGUUUUCCAGAAAUUCUGGACGCUGUCAAGAAAGAUCGAUUGCCGGAAUAUUGAUAUGAAGCGACCAACCCCACCGCCGAGGACCACGACAGAUCCGGAAUUGGGGACCGAAGAACGGACGACGGCCACCCGCCCGCCACUCGACCGCAUCCAUGAUCAUCCGCUUGUCGUUGCCGCCCGGAAAACCGCCAAAAAAGACAACGACAAUGUUCGCAGAGUGCCCCUGGAAGCGAUCGCAGAAAUCGUCUUCCUCCGCGACUUCAUCCUCAACCACGCCAUUACACCUUUGCUAUUUUUUGGCGCUUUAUUGGGAUGGUACCGCGAGUGCAGCAUCAUUCCGCACACUAACGACUUUGAUUUUGCUAUUAGAAGCGACGAAGUCCCCGACAGCUUCUUCGACGCCCUCGAAAAUAUGACAAUUCCGUUGCGACCUGAUCGACGUUUGGGCUUGCGCAACGAAUCCCUUGAAUAUACGGUGAAAAGUGUGAAACACGGGUUCCCGAUUGAUCUCUUUGUCCUCUACGAUACGGAAAACAGCACCUAUGCCCCGGGGCAGGGCCAACGCCUUGAGUCCUACAGAUUCGUCUUUCCCAAAAUCCAGCCCGACGACAUUUGCGCGGCGGAACUUUUGAACCAUUUCUUCUACGUGCCCUGCCAAGUGGAACGCCAUAUUUUGACUGAACACGGCCCUCAAUGGGCCACCGACAAGCCGACGAAGCGCUUUUCCUGGAAUAACGGGGUGGCAAAUGUCGUCAAGAUAAAAACCUACCCGCAAACGAUGAAACCCGUGGUGCAGCAUUAUUUUGAAGAGGGA